AUGGAGUGCUCAGUUGCACUCUUUGUUUACUCAUGCCUCCUCUUGAUAUCAAUCGCCGUAUUCUUGCAUGCUAAGGCCACUGGUCCCAGUUUGAGGCUACCUCCUGGUCCCGAAAGGCUGCCGAUCAUCGGCAACCUUCAACAAUUGGGUGAGCUCCCAUACCGCCCCCUUCGCCUCCUGUCCGACAAAUAUGGCCCACUCAUGAGCCUAAAACUCGGUAGUAUACCAACCCUCAUCAUAUCCGCCUCAGAUAUGGCCCGUGAGAUUUUGAAGACCCAAGAUCUCAACUUUUGCACGAGAGCUCCCCUUGUUGCCUUCAAGCGAUACUCCUAUGGUGGAUUAGACAUGACCUUCGCACCAUACGGUGAACAGUGGAGACAAGUGAGGAGGAUCUGUAUGUUAGAAGUCUUCAGUGCCAAGCGAGUGUUAGCCUUUCAGUCCAUAAGGGAGGAAGAAGUAGACAUCCUAACACAAACUCUCACGGAAAACCCUUCUAGCAGUCCUGUGAAUCUUAGCGAGAUGUUGUUUUCCCUUUUUAACAAUAUCGCUAGCCGAGAAGUCUUCAACAUGAGGAUUUCAGGGGAUG